UCAGAAGGGGGGGGAAGCUGGCCCGAUCUCCUUCAAACCCGUCUAAACAAGUACAAAUCCCCAUCCCAAAUCGCCAUCGCCAUCGCCCUCGUCAACCAAGCAGCAGGCGGAAACCGUAUUCUCGCUGACGGGCUCGGUCCAAACACCCUCAGCAGCAGGCUCGACCGCGACGUGCUGGCCCAUUCGGCCAUAACCCACGCGGUGGUCUUCGAGGACGUCAACGACAUCGGCGUCGCGGAGAGCACUCCGGCCGCGCAAACCGACACCGGGGACCGUCUUCUCGGGGCCUACGUGCAGCCUUACUCGAGCGGCGAGCGGGAAGCGGACCCGGCAGCGCGUGAAUUCGUUUAUUCGGAGCAGCGGGGGUGUUCGAUGGCGUGUUGGAUUUUGAUGCCGUGUUGAGGAAUAGGACGGAGCAGGCUUUGUUGGCGGCGCAGUAUGAUUCGGGCGAUCAUUUGCAUUCGAAUGUGCUAGGGUAUCGGGCUUUGGCUGAUUCUGUGCCGCUGGGGAUGUUUGUUUAGCUGCAGGGUAUAUUCAUAUGUGUGUGUGUGUGUGUGUGUCUGCAUCGUACGGUUAACCCAUGCGUGGUGGUCUCAGUGGAUACGCUGCGAGAAAGUCCAAAUACAGCUGAAAUGGAUAACAGAGCCUGGGUUAUGAUUUCGCUCGCGAUCUAAAAAGUACUACAGAAGUAUGUAUGGUUGGCGAGCUGCCACCAGAGAACGAGAAACUAGGGCUACUUGGGUCAGGAGACGGCGGAGAAUCAGUGGAUGGAAUGGAAGCUUUAUUCACAUCCCAGAAUUAACUCGACUAGACUACUGGAAUCAAGUAUGGACCAUUGUGC